AUGACGUCCCCGGCGCCAGCGCCGCCAGCGGCCGCCGCGGCGCAGUCCCCGCCCCCGCGCAUCGGCCUCGCCGGCCUCGCCACCAUGGGCCAGAACCUCGCGCUCAACAUCGCCGAGAAGGGCUUCCCGAUCUCCGUCUACAACCGCACCGCUGCCAAGGUCGACUCCACGCUCUCCCGCGCCGCCGCCGAGGGCGCGCUCCCGGUCCUCGGCCACCGCGACCCGCGCGACUUCGUGCUCUCCCUCGCGCGCCCCCGCACCGUGGUGCUCCUCGUCCAGGCCGGCCCCGCCUGGUACCAGAACACGGAGCGCCGCAUCGAGCAGGCCGCAUCCCGGGGCAUACUCUACCUCGGCAUGGGCGUCUCCGGCGGCGAGGAGGGCGCGCGGAACGGCCCCUCGCUCAUGCCUGGCGGCGACUUCCAGGCCUACAGCAACAUCAAGGACAUCCUGGAGAAGGCCGCGGCUCAGACGGAGGACGGCCCGUGCGUCACGUUUGUCGGGCCCGGUGGUGCCGGCAACUUCGUCAAGAUGGUGCACAACGGGAUCGAGUACGGUGAUAUGCAGCUCAUCGCCGAAGCCUAUGAUGUGCUCCACCGUGUUGGUGGCCUCUCAAACUCGGAGAUAGCCGAUGUGUUUGCUGAGUGGAACAAGGGAGAGCUGGAGAGCUUCUUGGUUGAGAUUACUGCAGAUAUAUUCACAGUGGCUGAUCCACUGGAGGGGAGCACCAGUGGGGCGCUGGUUGACAAGAUUCUUGACAAGACCGGGAUGAAGGGGACCGGGAAGUGGACGGUGCAGCAGGCGGCGGAGCUUGCAGUCGCUGCACCCACCAUUGCAGCAUCACUGGAUGGGAGGUACUUGUCGGGGCUCAAGGAUGAGCGAGUUGCAGCCGCAAGUGUGCUAGAGGAAGAGGGGAUGCCAGUUGGGCUUCUGGAGAAGAUUAAUGUCGAUAAGAAGGUGCUGGUGGACAGGGUGAGGCAGGCACUUUAUUCGUCGAAGGUUUGCAGCUACGCACAGGGGAUGAAUCUGCUAAGAGCCAAGAGUGUGGAGCAGGGCUGGAAUCUUAACCUUGCCGAGCUUUCAAGGAUUUGGAAGGGUGGAUGCAUUAUUCGGGCAAGGUUUCUUGAUAGGAUUAAGAAGGCUUAUGACAGGAACCCUGAGCUGGCCAAUUUGAUUGUCGACAGGGAGUUCGCCAGGGAGAUGGUGCAGAGACAGGGCGCAUGGCGGUGGGUUGUGGCCCGGGCAGUAGAGGCCGGCAUCAGCACUCCAGGGAUGUCUGCGAGCCUUUCAUAUUUUGAUACCUACAGGUGCAACCGGUUGCCAGCGAAUCUGAUCCAAGCACAGAGGGACUUGUUUGGGGCACACACCUAUGAGCGCAUUGACCGCCCAGGUUCUUUCCACACUGAGUGGACUAAGCUGGCGAGGGAGGGCAAGUGA